CAUCUGCAGCCCGGCUCCGGCACUCCCCACACCCCCUGCCCGGCCGCCGGCCCCGGGGCCGUGGGGCACAAACUCUUCCCGGGGAAGAUCAGUUCCUUUUUUAUACACGGUCGAGUGUCACUGUCCCCUGCUCCAGAGCCCCCUUCCUUGGGGGAUGCUGCUGCUUCCCCGGCUCCACGGGGAGGGCUGGGGCUUGUGGACCCCCCCUUGUCCCCUGGUUUUGGUCCCUUGGGGCAGUGGGGGGCCAGAAGCCCCCGGGCACGGCCCCCCCGUCCCCUGGUCUGUGUUUACAUGCCCGGCUCCCUGCAGUUUACAGCCCCGUUCCCUGCCUGCCAGGAGGCUCUGGCUGCUGCACAGGGACUGUCCCCAGGGGAGCCCCUGGGGGAUCCCCUGGCUCCCAGGUGGGCAGCAGAGGCCUUGAGCAGCCCGAGGAGGGGCACGCUGGGGGGUCACAGGUGGCCUUUUUCUCUUAGUGGCUUCUCCAAGGGCUAUUCUCCAGGUUGGGCUCUGUGCCUGCUGCUCCUUUCUGACACUAAUUCCUGCCACGGGGUGGGUUUGGGAUGGGAUCACGCUGUGGAAUUACACACGGGCUCCUGGUCCUGGUCCAUGUUGGUGCUGGGGGGGGGCAGAUGGGGCUGCCCCAGCCCCCUCCUGCCCCAGGCUGGGCUGCCCCACCCUGGGGGUCUCACUGUGCCAAAUCCCCCCCGGGCUCCGAGCCUGGCCUCGUCCUCCUGGGGGGCUGUGGUGAUGCCAGCUCUGUCCCCUGGCCCAUGGUGGCUGUUCCCAGGGGCUCAGCUGGCCCCUGCCCCUCUCCUUUUGGGGACCUGUGGCCCCCCCAGGCUCUCUUGCGGUACGUGUGUGGCUGGGGGGGUUCGGGCUCUGUUGCUGCCGGCCGAGGCCGGGGCUGUAGCAUCCCUGGUAGGACCCCCCCCCCACCCAAACCUCAUCUUUUUUGUUUUUGGUAAGAUGAAUUUAGCAUUGUUUAGUUAUUAAAAAUACUGGUUU